AUGUCAUCAUUUCCACCCUGGGAGGAAUCCGGGAACCAGAUCCGUAAAUGGAUGGAAAAUGCAAGUGAGCCCGGGUGCAAAGUUGCCAGGAUCACUCUAACUCUAGAUACCCUGUCACCAGACCGCUCAGACUGGGAUAUCGCGUCUUCAGCCGAGCAUUUGGAACCCGAACACUACAAGUGGUUGGAGCGCGUUGGAAUCCCGACCGGUGUCGACAAGACGAGCGAAGAGUCAGUUUAUCGGGGAACAAUGGUGAUGAAAAGCGAAGGGCCAUUGACUCAAUGGACUGGUGUAGUUGGACCGGGUGUAAUCUUUAUCAACAAUGUCGAACGAGCGAAGUGCUCCGAUGAUCCCUUUAUUUCCGAGCUAACUCACGCUGUCUAUGCUCAGAAAUUCAAUCUCCAAGACCUGAAGCAUAUUUGGGUGACCGAUAUCCAGAAUCACGAUACCGCCAGGUUCAUCAAUAAAUUUAUAUACGCAGCUGGUACGGAAUUGGAGUACCCGCGUGAUGCUGUGAUUACUUGGAACUCCUCAAGCCCGCAGUAUAAUGCUUUACUUGGCACGGCGCUAGGAAAGAUGGUUGGUUGCUUUAUCCUAGGGGCAUUUGGUCAAGGUGUGAAGCGUAUCUCACAAAUAUGUCUUUUCCGAUCAUAUGGCUCCCCACAGCUGCAAUUUGAUAUUGAGCAGGUUGAGACAUGUCAGCGACGUAUUGACAAUUUUCCAUAG